CAUCACAGCUGACGGCAGCGUGCGCGCGUGCAAUUUGCACCCGACUAUAUUUUACACGGACUGUACCUUGAGAUUCAGUUUCGGACGAAACGCUUUGAAGGUUUUUGUGAGUGUGACUGUUGAUUCGUUAUUUUUUUUGUCAAAAUGAACAAUUUGCCAGUACACCAAGCGAUAGCUGUUGGAGCCAGUAAACACCCUCAUAAAGGGAAGAAUGUCUUCAGUUAUGGAACAGCGGGAAUACGUUGCAGGGCUGAUAUAUUGGAUCCAGUGUUGUAUCGCCUUGGGCUCCUUGUCGUUCUGAGAUCCAGAGCCGUCAGAGCCACCAUUGGAGUCGUGAUCACAGCCUCCCACAACCCGGAGCAGGACAACGGGGCCAAGGUGGUGGAGCCCAUGGGGGAGAUGCUGCUACAGACAUGGGAAGGCUACGCAACACAAAUCGCAAAUACAUCUGAUGAAGAUUUAGGCCAGUGCGUCCAAAGCCUCAUCAGUGAGCUGAACAUAGACAUGGCACUGCCAGCGAACAUCUUCUUGGCACGAGAUACAAGACCCAGUAGCUUUGGAUUAGCUCAAGCUCUAAUCGAUGGCAUACAAGCACUCAAGGGUGACUACAUUGACUACGGUCUGUUGUCGACACCGCAGCUGCACUACAUGGUGCGGUGCCAAAACACACAAGGAGGCUACGGCAAUCCGACUGAGCAUGGCUACUACAGCAAGCUGGCGUCGGCCUUCACCAAAGUCAGAGAACAGCAGAGCGAAACUGACGAGAGUGAGUACACGGGUGAGCUGUCGGUAGAUGGAGCCAACGGCAUCGGAGCUCUGAAAAUCCAACAAAUGUGUCAACAUCUCAACAACCAACUCAAGAUUUCGGUCUACAACGAUGGAACACACGGGCAACUGAAUGACAGGUGUGGAGCAGACUUUGUCAAAGUCCAGCAGAAGCCACCCCAUGGUAUGCCUACAGAAGAAGCAGGAAGGAAGUGUGUUUCGCUUGACGGUGAUGCUGACAGGAUUGUUUACUACUUCGUAGACAGUGAUGGCGUUUUUCACUUGCUUGAUGGUGACAAAAUAGCUACCCUCAUAGCAGGGUACAUUCAAGAGCUGUUGACUGCAGCUAAUCUUCAGCUCAACAUGGGCCUAGUGCAGACGGCCUAUGCCAACGGAAGCUCCACACAGUAUGCCACUGAUGUCCUUAAAGUGCCUGUAGCUUGUGCCUGUACCGGAGUCAAGCAUCUGCACCACAGGGCGCAGGAUUUUGAUGUGGGCGUCUACUUUGAAGCCAACGGACAUGGAACGGUAUUAUUCAGUGCCUUAGCAACCGAGAAAAUCAACUCAGCCAGCCAGGAUGAAAGGCUAUCAUCCGAUCAGAGGCAAGCGGCAACCACACUGAAGUAUCUUCAAGAUCUCAUCAACGAGACUGUCGGUGACGCUAUAUCCGACAUGCUGGUUGUGGAGUGUAUCCUACAUGCCAAGGGCUGGACAAUGACUGACUGGAACGCAGCGUACACUGACCUGCCAAACAGACAACUCAAAGUCAAGGUGAAGGAUCGUCGGGUGAUCCAGACUACCAAUGCCGAGCGAUGUGCAACAACCCCAGCAGGCCUUCAAGAAGCCAUUGACGGUAUCGUCAGCAAGUACAACAAUGCUCGAUCAUUUGUCAGACCCUCCGGAACAGAGGAUAUCGUCAGAAUCUACGCCGAGGCCGAUACCCAGGUUGCUGCUGACUCCCUUGCCUACGAAGUUGCCACCAAAGUUUACCACCUUGCCGAUGGGGUUGGAGACCCACCAGCCCAGCCCAGCUCUAGCUAGCAGAUGUCAUCCCGACCGUACUACCUGUGUCAGUCCAAAGGCACACCAGGGUAAACACUGUAGCCCAAUUCUGCAGCGGCAUUUGAAAGACAUUACAGAGGUAUUACCUCUUUUUGGUCAUCUCGCGAAUUUAAUGCACGCAUUUUUGCAACCCAGUUGGUCAAAAGAGCAUAAAAUGCACACAUGCGACCUGUGCUGGUCUUGAACCUAGACUGAAAUUUUUAUUUUGGUUUCAACUCAUGCAUUGGCCCCUGAGAAGGGCCGUCAAGCCACCACA